AUGGACACUCCAACAGACGCUGCAGCUGUCGCAGCAGCAACAGCAGCAGCAGCAGCAGCAGCAACAGCAGCAGCAGCAGCAGAGCAGCAGCCUCCUCUGCCCUUCGCGCAGCAGGAAAUUCCCUUUACGUGGACCGGAGACCCCGUUGCUGCUGCUGCUGCUGCUGCUGCUGCUGCUGCACCUGCAGCAGCAGCAGCAACAGCUGCAGCACAAGUGGAAGCAGCAGCAGAAGCAGCUGUUGCUGCUGCAGCUGCUCCUGCUGCUGCACCGCCAGGGAUAGCACCGGCUCUGCAGCAGCAGCAGCUGCAGCAGCUGCAGCAGCAAGGGGUGUCUUCGGCUCUCUCUCCCCAGCAGCAGCAGCAGCAGCAGCAAGAACAGCAGCAGCAGCAGCAACAACCACAACCGCAGCAACAAGAACCACUGCAGUAUCCGCUGCACCACGGGGACCCUCUGCAGCAGCAGCAACAGCAGCAGCAGCAGCAGCUGUUUGAGGGGGGAGCAGCAGCAGCACAUGCAUCAACACAAACCACAACCGCAGCAACAAGAACAACUGCAGUAUCCACUGCACCGCGGGGACCCUCUGCAGCAGCAACAGCAGCAGCAGCAGCAGCUGUUUGA